UUCUUAAUUUCCGAUUUCAAUUCUGCUUUAAUCUUUGGCAAUUCUGGGUCUUCCAAGUAUGCCAUUCGAAUUUUUUCUUUGAUCCUUUCCUUUACGUCAAGUAGCAAUUCCGGGUUUAUAUCUAACUUAUUUAUGUCACUACUACUACUAAAUAAAGUCGGCUCAAUAUUCACAAUUUCUUUCAUAACCAAUUGUUUCUCAUUCGAUAACUUAAUUAAACCUAAUCCUAACGCUCGCAAACUGUUCCUUCCUAACAACGCGCUAUGCUUCAUGAUUUCGUCCGCGACAACUCUCAGAAUUACAUUCUCAGUCAUAAACAAGUCGUACUCUUACAAUUCCCGUAACUCCCAUGGUGUAAGUAUACAAGUGAAACAUUGCGCAUAAUGGCGGCAAGAAUACACUAAGAGUCAAUGAAAAAUUUGCCCCAAAAGUGGCACGGAAUUCAAACAUAAUAUUGAUGAGAAUGUAUAAUAUUAGGUUGGUAGGAAAAUAAUGUCGGUUUUAUAUAUUAUUUGACUUUGCUACUUGUUUUUGAAAUAAAUAUUUCUUUUAAUAUAUUCAUUUCAUGUACCAUUUUAAAGCGCAGAUUUCGCUCUAUAUUACUCUGCUAUUGGUUUUAUUUUUAUUAUUAUUUUGUAUCCAUUAUUAUUUAUAGAAUUUAUGAUGGAAAAGAAACAAUUGCGAGCGAUAUUCUUGUACGAGUUCAAACUAGGCCAUAAAGCAGCAGAGGCGACUCGUAACAUCAACAGCGCAUUCGGCCAGGGAACCGCAAACGAACGUACGAUGCAACGUUGGUUUCAAAAAUUUCGGAAUAGAGAUGAGAGCCUUGAAGAUGAAGAAGGUCGUGGACGUCCAUCGACAAUUGACAACGACGAAUUAAAGGUGUUGGUCGAGGCAGAUCCGCGCAUAACGAUUCGAGAGCUUGCUGUAAAAUUAGAUGUAAGUCAUCCAACAGUUCUGGACCACCUCAGACAACUUGGAAAAUAAAAAAAGCUCGACAAAUGGGUGCCGCAUGAAUUGAAUGAAAAUUUAAAAAAUCGUCGUUAUGAAGUGUGCUCUGCACUUCUUUUACGCAACAACAACGAUCCAUUCCUCGAUCACAUUGUGACAUGCGAUGAAAAAUGGAUUCUAUACGACAAUCGGCGGCGCUUAGCACAGUGGUUGAACCAUGGCGAAGCUCCACAACACUUCCCAAAGCCGAAGCUGCACCAAAGGAAGACCAUGGUGACGGUUUGGUGGUCGUCAGCCGGUCUGAUACACUACAACUUCCUGAAUCCAGGCGAAACCAUCACGGCAGAGAAGUAUUGUCAAGAAAUCGACGAAAUGCACCGCAAACUGCAACGCCUGCGCCCGGCAUUGGUCAAUAGAAAAGGUCCUAUUCUUCUUCACGAUAAUGCCCGGCCACACGUCGCACAAACGACGCUGCAGAAACUGAAUAAAUUAGGCUAUGAAACUCUGGCUCACCCACCAUACUCGCCAGACCUCUCGCCAACCGACUACCACUUUUUUAAGCACCUCGACCACUUCCUGCAAGAGAAAGUCUUCAACAACCACGGUGCUGUUGAAAGUGCCUUCCGAGAGUUUAUCGAUUCCAAGACGUUGGAAUUCUACGUUACCGGAAUAAAUAAACUUGUUUCUCGUUGGAAAAAAGGGGUUGAUUGUAAUGGUUAUAAUUUCGAUUAA